AUGAGCGACACGUCAGUCGCACUAAGCAAUACAAAGAAACGAAAACGGAAAAGGAAUAAACGGAAAGUGGUUGAUGCAUUGGGUACAAAUGCUGCCGCGAUUGAAGACAGCAACCAGUCAAUAUCAUCAAAGAAAGUUAAAAUUGAUACUGUGACCAAUGUCAAUGUCAACAACAAGAAUUCAUGGAAUGAUAAUGAAUUAAACUACGACCGUUCUGCGAUUAGUCUCGAUAUUCAAACGAUGCCAGCCCAUCUACAAAAAUAUUGGCAUCAACGAUAUGUGUUAUUCUCUCGUUAUGAUGAAGGAAUACUUAUGGACGAAGAGGGGUGGUAUUCAGUGACGCCUGAAGAUUUUGCAAAGCAUAUUGCAGAACGAUGUGCCUGUGGAACUAUAAUCGAUGCGUGCUGUGGAGUUGGCGGGAAUGCUAUUCAAUUUGCUUUUACUUGUGAUAAAGUUAUUGCAAUCGAUAACAACCUAACAAGAUUACAUUGUGCGAAAGAGAAUGCCAAAAUCUAUGGAGUGGAGGAUCGGAUUGAAUUUAUACAUGGGGAUUUCUUUGAAUUAGCGCCAAAACUACAAGCUGACGUAGUAUUCCUUAGUCCUCCUUGGGGAGGACCUACAUAUCUAGAUUGCGUAGAGUUUGACAUCAAGACAAUGAUUAAUCUCGAUGGCAUAAAAUUAUACAAUAGAGCAAAGAUGAUUACAAAAAACAUCGCAUAUUAUCUUCCACGACACGUAAACGUCUAUCAGCUUCGAUUGCUUGCAGGCACAGGCAACUCGGUAGAGGUACAAGAGAUGCGCGUCAAUGAUAUCCUGAAAGCAAACGUCGCGUACUUCGGUGAACUAGUAGUGGAACCAUGA